AAAAAAAAGACGGAAACAGGAGUAUACGUAAAUAAUAGGAGUACGUUUGCAAGGGGGGCAAAUCUCAAUUCGGUUAAAACCAAUUGCCCCCAAACGAGAAAUUGGCGAGGUCCGCCGCCGCCGCCACCGUCUCGCGUCCCCCAUCAUGCCGCUCCCGGCGCCUGCGCCGCCACUGGACAACGACGACCUCCUCCGCAAGAUCCUGCUCCUCCUUCCUCCGCAGCCAUCCUCCCUCCUCCGCGCCUCCGUGGUCUGCAAGCGCUGGCGCCGCCUCGUCUCCGAUCCCGGCUUCCUCCGCCGCUUCCGCGCGCACCACCGGAAGCCCCCGCUCCUCGGCUGCUUCUACUUCCACACAUAUAUCGGUUAUGCCUUCACUCCCACGCCGGACCGGCCCGACCGCAUCCCGACCGGGCGUUUCUCCCUGCCGCAGCGCUGCCGCCACGCCCACGAGUGGUUGGACUUUGUGGGAUGCCGCCACGGCCUCGCCCUCCUCCUCGACAAGAGACGGCCCGAGGCCGUGGUGUGGAACCCCAUCUCCGGUCACCAGCGCCGGGUAGCUUUUCCACCAGAGUUUGGCAACGCCGGAGAGAGGGAGAUCCUAUACGCGGCGGUGCUCUGCGCUGCCGGCGACGACGAACCUGGCCAUGUGCACGGUGACUGCGACCUCAGCUCUUUUAAAUUGGCCUUGGUGCGAGGUGACCGAGAUCACACACGUUUAUCUGCGUGCCUCUACAGAUCCAAGUCCGGCCUGUGGGGAAAUGUUAUCUCAACGACUAAGGGCUGGUGCACAUUGUUUUAUUGGAGAAUGGCCAGCGUCUUGCUUGGCAAUGCGCUUUACUGGUAUGGUUCCCAAGUGAUCCAAGGCGACAUCCUUGAGUUUGAUUUUGAAACGCAGAAGCUUGUUACGAUCGAGAAACCAGUAGACCACGGUGGUUCCAGCUGUCAGGUCAUGCGGACAGAGGAAAAUAGGCUUGGACUCAUCAUGUUGACAGAACUGAGCAUGCAGUUAUGGGAGCGGAAGGUCGAUUCUGAUGAUGUUGCUACAUGGGUCCUUCAGAAAACCAUUGAUCUGCUCGAGCACCUUUGGCCAAGACAGACCGUUAAGGUCUUGUGGACCAGGAUAGAGGGAUACGAGGAGGAUCACAAUGUGAUGUUUCUGGGGACAUCUAGUGGCCGAUUCUGGAUCCAACCCGACUCCAUGCAGUUUGAUAACCAUUUCGGAACCCAGCCCGCCUCCAUCUAUUUUCCCUACACAAGUUUUUAUUCUGCAGACUGGGCAGCUGGUGAUACAGAUGAUGGACCUGAAAUGUCAAGCAGCAGUACAUCACUUGAUUGUCCUGUCAGAUAAGCUAUCAUAAUGUGUUCAAAUAAUCUUGCAAACUAUGAAUCCUCUGGAUAUUUAAGUUGUUCGCGACCUGUCUAGUAGAUUGUGAUCAAAUUUGUUUCAGUCAUAAACAAGCUGGGUAUUAUGUAGUAUUUUGUUGGA